UGGUGAGAAAUCAUGCAUAAGCAAAAUAAGCCCAGCAAGACUCAUUAAAGAAAUUACCUCGAAGUAUGGAGAGGUGAGUAAAAUUACGAAAGAAAAGGGAAGCCUGAAAGUUACUUGUAUUGAUGAAACACAGAUGAAAAAGAUUUUAGAAAUGACUGAACUAAUUCACACCCCUGUAAAGGUUGCACAAUAUCUGCCCAUAACUCAAAUCCGCGGUGUUAUUCAUAAAGUAGAUACCCUAAUCACGGAGGAAGAACUAAAUGAGCUCCUGAAAGAACAAGGUGUGACGUAUGUAAAGAGAUUCAAUAAAAGAAUAAACGGUGAAUUAUCACCAACCCCUUCUGUUCUACUAGUAUUCAAAGGGCCAAAUCUUCCACACCAUGUCUCCUUUCUAUACCAAAAAUAUGUAGUUGAUGAGUUUGUCCCUACUGUAACAAGAUGCCACAAAUGCCAGCAAUUUGGGCACAUCCAAAAGAAUUGCAAGGGUCAUUUAAGAUGUGGUGAGGCCCACACUUUUGAAAUGUGCCCCAAUAAAGAUCACCCAAAAUGCUUGAGAUGUAACCUUAAUCAUUCAGCGGCCUAUCAAGGAUGUACCUAUUAUAAGGAAGCAAAAAAUAUUCAACAUGUCAGCUUGCAAAAUAAUUUAACUUAUGCUCAAGCAACAAAAAUAUACCAUCAAGAAAAAAGAGAAGAAAAUCAUUCAAAAGAUCGUGAUUCAUCAAACAAGAAUAUAAUCAAACCCCUCAAAAGAAAGAAAAUCCCUGAUCAACCGAAUAUUUCGGAAGCUGACGUAGAACAAAUACCAAUUACGGUAAAGAGGUCGACCAUAAAAACGGCGACCAUGUCCACACAAACAGAAACGGCGGAAAAGUCUGUUCAGACAGAUGCGCAAGAAUUUACUUCUAAUCAAAAGCCUAAUGAAGCAGAAGAAUCUGGGCCUGUAAUUCCCGCAUCCACAGAAAAUGCUAGAGUCGACUUUUUGGCUUUCAUCACUUUUAUUGUAAAUAACCUUGACAAAGAAACUUCACAUUCAAACAGAAUUAGAUUAGUAGUUGAUGCAGCCAAGCGAGGUGCUUAG